AUGUGUGCGUCCGUACUGCUGACUGUGCGUACGGUUGCCUGCGUGUCCGGAUGUGUUUAUCCACGGGCCACUGGCCGCCUGCCACGUGGCGGGCAUGGUCCUCCGGUCUUCGGGACUGGUGUCCGCGUGGCUGCGCAGAGCAGGGGAGCGGCGAGAGGAAUUAAGCCGAGGCCGGAGCGGACGCGGGCUCGGAGCGGCGCCGAAGGAAGACCCGGGAGGCGGGCUGGGGGCGCCGCUGGUGACGCCGGAGCGGAGGGUGGCGGAGCAGCUGGACGAGCCGGGAGCUGCACGGGAGGCGGCGCCGUAGGCCGGGAGGGGGCGCCGAGGAGGCGCUGCAGCAGAGCCGGGACGGGAGGCGGCGCCGCAGGCCGGGAGGCGGUCGGUGGCGCAGGAGCCGGAGCGGCGGCCGAGGGCGGUAGCGCGUGCUGCGGGAGGUGUCUGGUACAGUCGGCCGGCGUCGCAGAACGGGCGGAGGGCACUGCCGGGAGGAGGGGACAGACGGCGCACGGCACGGUCGACGGCGUGUACGGGCGCUGUCAGGCACGGAGCACGGCGUCUGCGGCACAGGAGGAGGUGAAUUAUUCACAUCGAAGGGUGGAUUUCCUUGCAUUGGUCUUUGAGGAGGAGUUACUGGACAAGGGUCCUCUUCAGGAGGUCCAAAGAGGAAAUGAAGGUUGUUCUCAGAAAGUUCAAAUUCAAGCUGGUUCAAAUUAUCUGGAGCUUGGUAAAGUGAAGGAAAAGGGUUUACAUCUAGUGCUUCAUAUGGAUUGA